AGGCCACGCAUGCUUUGCCGUGCAGACAAAUCGUGCGCCACCACGUCGCGCCCCGCCCAAAAACGCUUUAUCUCCGCCUCGGCGCGCCGCUCUCGGCUCCACCCCGCCGCCCGCGGCCAUGGCGGUGCGACCGUGCCCCCAUCCCCUCCUCCUCUGCACCGCUUCGCCCUCGCUCCUCGCAGCGCCCGCUCUCCCCUACCGGGCGGCCGCUCGCCCGAUGGUCUCUCUCUGCUGUUCCCCCCUGCGCGCCGCUCCCUCGCUGCGGCGAAUAGGGGCCCCUCUGCCGUGCGCGGCCAAGCGUGGCGGUGGCAGCGGCGGCGAGGUAUCCUCGAGUGACGGGGAGGGCACGCGCCUGCUGCUUCAGGCUGCGCUGUGGGGCGCCGAGGCCGCCUACAUCAUCUGGCUCUUCCUGCUCCCGUACGCCCCGGGCGACCCGGUGUGGGCUAUCUCGCAAUCCACCAUCACCGACCUCGUUGGCCUCUCGCUCAACUUCUUCUUCAUCCUGCCCUUGAUCAAUGCCGCUGGAAUUCACCUGCUGGAAUCCCCCGUGCUUCACCCAAUGGCGGAAGGAUUGUUCAAUUUUGUGAUUGCCUGGACGCUGUUGUUUGCACCACUUCUCUUCACGGAUGCUAGGAGGGACCGGUAUAAGGGAUCACUCGACGUCUUGUGGGGCUUUCAGAUGUUCCUUACAAACACUUUCUUGAUUCCUUACAUGGCAAUCCGACUCAAUGAUCAUGACAAGGACCAGCCUCUACCGCAAGCAUCAAAAUUAGGUUCAGUUCUGGUGAAAGGCGCAUCAGUUGUAGGCAUAACUGGUGGUCUGGUCUGCAUUUUUUCCAUUGUUUGGGCAUUCUUCGGCCGUGCAGAUGCUGACUUUGGAGGGAUUUUGGACCGAUUGCAGUUUGCGCAGGAUUAUAUCUUAUCUGAGCGGCUUGCUUAUGCAUUUCUCUGGGACAUAUUGCUAUACUCGAUAUUCCAGCCAUGGUUGAUUGGUGACAAUCUUCAGAACAUGAAACCAAACACUACCGAGUUUGUGAAAGUAGCAAGGUUUCUUCCGGUUGUUGGCCUUGUGGCCUACCUCUUCUGCUUAGAAGAGAAAAAGGACUAGAUGUUAAUGUUAUGUUGUCUUGCUGUAAAUUCUUUCAUCAUAUGGAUUAUGUUACUACCGACUGGUAUGCAUUCGAAAGAAUUCUGCGCAUACUUGCAAUUUUUGCCCA